AUGGAAAAUUAACAUCCAUUCAUAGUUUUAGUAAUUGGAGAUUGCAAUACUGGAAAAUCAACAAUAAUAGGAAGAUAUUUAGAGAACAAAUUAGUAGAAUCUCAACCAACAAUUGGAGUGAUUAAAAGAGAAAGUUAAAUAGAAAUCGGUAAUAGCAAUUAAAAAGCAUAAGUAAUUAUAAUUGAAAUAAAUAUAGAUCUAUGACACAUCAGGAAAUGAGAAGUUUAGAGCAUAAGUAUUAGCUGAAUUCAAGAAUGCUUAAGCUGUGAUAUUGGUUUAUGAUAUAACUGAUUAUCAAAGUUUUUAAAAUAUUCAGACUUUAUAGAAAGGUAUUAAGUAGAUAAAUUAUAAAUAAGAAGUUACAAGAUAAAAUCCAAAUAUAAAUUAUUGGAUUGUUGUAGGAAAUAAAUUAGAUAUGAAAGAAUAAAGAAAGGUUCAUAUAGAAGAAGGAAAGAAGUUUGCAUCUACAAUUGGUGCUAGGUUUAUUGAAUGUUCAGCAGAAUAACCAAGUAAUAUCAAUUUGAUAUUCUUAACUAUUCAAUAAUGGACUUUAAUUAAUAUUUAACCUAAAUAUGUCCCAGAGUAAACUUAAAGACUUUUAGAGAAAUUAAAUAAUGAUGAAUCCUCAAAAUAACUUUUGACUUCUACUUCAAAAAAUAAUUAGACUAAAUUUAAAAACAAAAAUACUAGUUUUUCUUUGAUUUAGAAUAAUACAAAUAAUGUAAUUUCAUAAUCUUUUGAUGAACAGUAAAAUUCAUUUAAUGGAGAUAGUAUGUAAGAUUACUUUGCAUAAUUAUAUAAAAAAGCAGAUCUACAGAAUUAAAAAGUAAAUUAAUGAUAUUAUUAAGUUAGCUGAUGUGAUAGUCGAAGAAGCAUAAGAUAAUGUAAUUUAAUAAUUAAAAUAAUAAACUCUUACUAUUUAAAAUACAAGACCAUUAUAUCUUCUCGAAAAUGAUAAUUCUCAUUUAUAGGAUAAAAUUGAAAAUAAGAUAAAUAUUAUGAAAUUAAAAUAUAAACAACUAGAUAAGUUAAGAAAAGAAAUUGCAUAAAAUUUAUUACUUAUUUAGGAAUAAAGAAAAAAACUAACUACUGAUUAAGUUAUAGAAAAUACUUAAACUUAAAAAUUAGAACGAGAAUUACAAAAAAGACUUUUAAGUGUUGAAAGAAAUAUGGAUUUCUUAAAAACUGAUAUUAUAUUAUCUAAAAAAUCUUAGAAAUUUAGUACUAAUAAAAACAAUUUUCUCACUAUUGAUUAAACUUAAAUUCUUAAACAACAUAUUAAUUAAAUUCAUAAUCCAGAACAUGUUAAAGAAUAAAAUGAAUAGAUUUUAAAAAUCCAAACUGAAAGAAAGAAAUUAGAAGAUCAGAGAAAUAAUAGAUAUAAAUAAUAUGUUGAUAAUUUAGAAUCUUUAUAAAAAUAAGAAAAAGAAUAAAAGUAAAAGAAUGAGUAAGAUUUAAUUUAAAAAAGAAAAGAAAAAGCUAUGUAAAAUAUAGCAUCUAUGGAUAAAAUAAGAUAAGAAAGAUCAUAAUAAUUAAUUAAAUAAAAUGAAUAAGUUAAAUAAAUUAUAGGUACAACACCUUUAUAUAUUAAACUUGAAAACUUAUUUUUAGAUAAAAUAAAUAACUCAUAAUUAGAAGAACAUAAACUUAAAUUGAAAUAAAUUAGAGAUUUACAUUAACCUAUUAGAAAUAAUGAUUUAAAAUAAUGGGAAGAUAAUUAUGAAAAGAGAAAAAAAUCGUAAGAAGAGAUAAGAAAUUAGAAAAUUUUAAAAAAUAAUUAAUUAUCUUAUCAAGCAUCUUAUGAAUCCUCAGCUUAUAAAUAAGCCAAAGAAGAAUAAUCUAAAUAAUAACAUGAAAAAGAUAAAAAAUUUAAAGAAUAGUAAAAGUAAUAAGUGAAAUAAGAAUUUUUAAAUAAACUUAAGGAUUAUAUUCCAACUAUAAGUCCAGAAAAGUAAUAAGAAUUAGAAUAAAUUAUAAAUUAAGUUCAUCAUAAAAUAAAUUUUUAUGAAUUUAUUGAAAUGACUAAGAAAGUAAAAUAAAAGGGAGUAUUUUUUGAUAAGGAGGGUAAAAUUCUCGAGAGAAGCAUUGAUGUAAAUUUCUUAUAUACACAAGAUAGGAAGAAUAUUAUGAUAAAAUAAAGGAGAAUGAAAAAAUUGAUGAAUAAAAUGCUAAAGUAAUAGGAAAUAAAUAUUUAAAUGAUAUGAAAAGAAUAAUUAAAAAACCUAGUUAGCACGAAAGUGUAGAUAAAUUAUAAAGUUAAUCAAAUCCAAUAUAAGGAUACUAAAAAGCAGUUAGGAAUCCUAAGUAAAAUAAAUUGAAUGAAAUCAAAUCUCAUUGGAAAUUAAAGUAAAAAUUGAUUUUUGAAAAAACAGAUCUUGAAAAAAUUAUUGAUGGAAAUGAAAGUAAUAAAUAAUAGUUAUUAAAGUAGUUGGAUUUUCUAAUUAGCAUAUGAUGCAGGAGGCAAAUAAACUGGUAUCUGAAGCAGUCAAAUAAUUGUAAAUUAUAGAAGCAAAAGGGGAAGGAAAAUAAUCUUUUAAAGAUAUUGAAUCAGCAGAUAAGUUGUUGAUAAAUUCUAUCAAAGUUUUUAUUUUUAAAUAUUAUUUUAGGCUAAGCUUACAUUAAUGGAAAAAGAACUUAAAUCUGACAAUAGAGCAUAAAAAAUAUCUAAUAAUAAUAAGAGAGGAAGAAGUAAUACUAAAUAACAUUCCUGA